AUGUCGCUUGUUUCUAGUGUCGAUGCUCUGGGGUGGAGUAUCCAUGAACCUGAUAAUCUGUUGCAACCCAAAAUCGGGUUCCCUUGGCCGGAGAUUCGAAAACCCUAUUUCCAUGGCAAGAAGUUUAUAAUCCAACCAGUAGACAAGGCUGCAAAGGAACUCUACGUUUUAUUGGAGAAAUCCAAUAUCAAUAAGCGCAUUUUGGCGUUGUCCACUGGCAAUCAUGAGCUAUACAUGAGUAGAAGGAAGAGCGGUCAGUUACCUCCAUCUGGCAGUGUCGGUGCACCUUCCAUGCGUGCUCAGCCUCAGUUGCCGCAGCAGCCUCAACAGCAGCAGCAGCAGCAACAACAACAACAACAGCAGCAGCAGCAGCAAAGCACUCAAUCUGGCAUUGAAGAAAUAAUCGCUAACUUCUCUCGUGCAAACCCCAAUUUCUUCUACUCGUUUUUAGAAAAUCUGCGUGCGCAACAGCAACAACAGCAACAGUCUCACUAUCCGCAACCAACUUCUCAAUCACAAAUUUUGAGUGGACAGGUUCCUCAGGCUUCUGUGUCUCGGUCCCGCUCUCCUACUCAUCAUCAGCAGUCUCCUCAGACCGGUGUUCCUCGUCCUUCUAGUGACUCCUUGGGCGGUAUUGGAGGUCAAUCUGCCUCAGGUCGGCCGGGCUCUGCAGCAUCGGCUUCAUUCAGUCAACCCAGGGUAGGCGCUGGCAGCGGUAGUAGUAGCCUCAAGUACGGCGGGAGUGGAAGUCAAUCUCAGCAGCAGACCCUACCAGAGCAGUUGGUGUCGGCAGCAGCAGCUGCGGCCGCCUACCCUCACCGACCUUCCUCUUCAGCUUCAGCCUCCCUUCGAUCCUCCACUACUGGCUCUGGGACUGGGUAUUCCGUUUUGUCAGCCAAUUCUGCUCAGUUUCAUCCAACCUACGCUGCAGUUGCUGCAGCCUCGCACAUGGGCCAUAAUGACAAUCUCCAGGAUCUGGCACGCGGCAGUGGGCAGUCGAUAAGCAGCGGAGGCAGAAUGCCGCCAUCAAAGCGACCUCGUCUUGUCUCCUCAUCAGGAUCCUCUGGGCCCCCUACAUCAGUACCACCUUCGUCUUCGCCUUACCUCCCCCAAUCCUCUUCCAUUUCGCGUCAACAGCAGCAACAACAUGAGCUAUUGAAUAGACAGUUGUUGCAAAAUGCUGCGAACAAUAAGACAGCCAUUCUGGCUUUGUUCACUAAUGUUGCUCAACAACAGCAACAACAACAGGCUGCGGCUUCUGGAAGCAGGGUCUCGGUUUCCUCGGGCUACUAUCAACCUUCAGAGCCUUAUGCACCAAGAAAUGUUGGUCAGCGGCAGCCUGGGUCCCAACUUCUAGUUUCAUCACCAAAUACCUUGUCACAAUCAUCCUCUUCGUCUUCUUCGUCGUCGGCUGCGGUAGCAGCAGCUGCAGCUGCAGCCUACGGUAAUUUGGCGGUAGCAGCGGUGGCGGCGGCGGCGGCUCAACAACAAGCUGUCUCUUCUGCCGCCGCAGCCGCUGCUGCCAACAACACCGGUGUCUAUCAACAACAGGCGGCUGUCGCGACUGCAGCUGGUAGAUCGGGUUACCUCCACACUGCCUCCUCCAACUCUACUGCUUCCUCCCGUGGAGGCUACCGAGGACAGCCACAACAAUCCCAGCAAAUCACUAUUCCAACGGGCGGUGGUGGUGGAGGAGGAAGUAUGAUUUACCAUACCCAUAAUACCACGCACACCAUGCCGGCUGGUAGUGGAGUGCUUCGACAGCAGACUAAGGAACCUGCCUACCAUCCACAGGUUGAGGCAAUAUCCCCGGCUCCGGAGGAGGCGAGGUUGCUGGACACAGUGGAGGCGAAAUUGCAGCGCGAGCGCGAGGAGACGCAACGUCGCCUCCACGAGAUUGAGGCGCGCAUUAACAAGGAAGAGGGUCAUCUGCGCUACCUCAUGGACCGCGAGUCUAGUCUCACUGCUGACCUAAAAAGUGAGACUACCGCCCCGCCUCCAAAUCCCCAUCGCACAAAAGCUCUCUCCGUUAAUGAGAUGGAAGAUGAACGCGCCUAUGAGAACCCUGUUCAGGUGGGUUGCCGGAGUACCUUUAAAAGUUGA